UGGAUUUAAACGGAAUCGGUAUUCGGUCAAGUUCUAGGGAUGGCCUGUUAUCGGGGGAGAGUUCUUCUGUGGUGUGUGCUGUGGAACCUCGUGUUUGAGUCCUUUGCAUAUCAGAGACAAGAGCUGAGUUAUCUGGAGGACGAUCAGACGCGUGGUUUGUUUCCGAACGUCUUCAACCUUGCUGCCACCUCCACGAUAACUGUGAAUGCAACCUGCGGCGAGACGGGGCCGGAAACGUACUGCAAGCUCGUCGAGCAUGUCCAUAUCAGGGAAAAUGAAAUCUCGAGAAUCAGCCAAGAAUCUCCUGAGCAAUGUGGAGUGUGUGAUGCUCGGCUUGCCGACAAGAAGCAUCCAAUUGAUAAUGCUAUUGAUGGGACUAAUCGCUGGUGGCAGAGUCCUACGCUGCAGAAUGGGAAGCAAUAUGAAUGGGUCACAAUUACUUUAGAUUUGAAACAAAUGUUUCAAAUUGCAUAUGUGAUUGUUAAAGCUGCUAUAUCUCCACGUCCUGGAAAUUGGAUAUUAGAAAGGUCACUCGAUGGCAUUAUUUAUAAACCUUGGCAGUACUACGCUUUAACAGAUACAGAGUGCUGGGAAUCGUAUGGAAUAAGACCAACAGUUGGUAAACCUCACUAUAGAACUGAUGAUGAAGUUAUCUGCACUUCAUAUUAUUCAAAAUUAAAUCCCUUGGAAAAUGGUGAAAUUCAUACUUCUUUAAUCAAUGGAAGACCUGGUGUUGAUGGACCUAGUAUGAAAUUAAUGGAAUUUACAAAAGCAAGAUAUGUCAGACUGAGAUUGCAGAAAAUUCGCACUUUGCAUGCUGAUCUAAUGACUAUGAGAACUGGAGUUGAAAACAUUGAUAAACUUGUAACAAGAAGAUACUUUUACUCAAUAAAAGAUAUUUCUGUCAGUGGACAAUGUGCUUGUUCUGGUCAUGCAGCUACUUGUUCAUUAGAGCCUACUACUGGAAAACAACAAUGUCAGUGUGAACAUAAUACAUGUGGUGAAAACUGUGAUAAAUGCUGUCCAUUAUACAAUCAGAAACCUUGGAAUCAUGGUACAAGUAACAGUGCAGGAGUUUGUGAAAAAUGCGAAUGUUACGGACAUUCUGAUAAAUGUCAUUAUGAACAAGUUGUGGCUGAGAAGAAACUAAGCAUCAAUACUCUUGGCAAGUAUGAAGGAGGUGGUGUAUGCGAUAAAUGUAAGCACCAUACCACUGGUAUUAAUUGUGAGCAAUGUGAAGACGGAUAUUUUCGACCGUUAAAUACUUUACGGAAUCAUACCAGACCAUGUCGAAAGUGCCAGUGUUCUGGAGCUGGAAUGACUGGGUUUUGUGUAAAAGAUGAUUCACACUUGAAGGAAGGACUGCCUCCAGGAUUCUUUGUUAUUUCCAGUUUCUCAUUUAACUGUGGGCAACCGGGUGAUUGUUUCUGCAAAGUUGGUUUUGCUGGUAUCAAUUGUGACAGCUGUGAUAUUGGAUACAGAAAUUAUCCCCGUUGUGAGCCAUGCCCUUGUCACAGUGCUGGUACAGUUGGUGGAACUAUAUGUGAUGGAGAAUGCAUAUGCAAGACUCAUGUUGAAGGUAACAGAUGUGAUCGAUGUAAACAAGGUUUUUAUCAUUUGUCAGCUGGUAACCCUGACGGUUGUUCUCAGUGUUUUUGUUUUGGCAUCACAGAUGAAUGUACAGAAGCUGAUUGGGGUGUCAAUAUUGUACAAAAUAUUGAAGAUUGGAGAGUUACUGAUUUGAAAGGAAGUCGUGUCGUGAAACCAACUCCUGAAAAUGGAAAUGUUGUGAUUGCUAAUGAUGAAGUGUCGAACUUUAAUACCUACUACUGGUUAGCUCCACCUGAUUACUUGGGCAAAAAACUCUAUUCAUAUGGUUCUGAUUUGAAGUUUACAUUGAGUUACGUUGUUGCUAGAGGAGAUACUUCUGGAACUUAUACUGAAAAUGAAGAUGUUGUUCUUGAGGGAAAUGGACAGCAAAUAGGAUAUAAUUGGGGGAAAAGAACAGAAUUUGAUGAAGUUGCUAUUUCUGUACCUCUGAGGGAACAAGGAUGGUUCCUCUUGACACCUCGUGAUGAUGGAACCAAUUCAGUCAGCAGAGAAGACUUCACAUUGAUACUGAACAAUUUGACUAAACUUUUAAUCCGUGCUAAAUUUCACACAGAUCAAAUUGUAGGAAGGCUCCAUAAUGUUGGCAUGGAACUUGCAGCAAGUGAAUCCAAAAGCAUACGAAAAUUGGGAUCUGUUGAGAAAUGUGUUUGCCCAUUAGGCUAUACUGGCUUAUCUUGUGAGCUAUGUGCUCCAGGAUAUCGAUCCUUAACUGGCCCCAAAAUAGGACACGUUUGUGAACGAUGUGAUUGUUACAAUCAUGCUGAAUCAUGUGAUAAUCCUGAUGGAAGGUGUGAAAAAUGUCUGCAUCAUACCACUGGUCUGAAGUGUGAUCGUUGUGUCCGUGGUUAUUAUGGUACUGCUACAAUCGGCACUCCUGAUGACUGCAAACCAUGCGCCUGUCCUCUAGAGUCUCCAGAAAAUAAUUUCUCCCCUUCUUGCACAGCCAUAACAACAGCUGCUGGCGAAAGUGACUAUAUUUGUGACCAGUGUCCUGAGGGCUAUGAAGGCAAUAAGUGUGAAAGAUGUUCAAAUGGCUAUUUUGGAAAUCCUCAAAUUCCUGGAGGAUAUUGUCAAAAAUGUGACUGUAGCGGAAAUGCAGAUACUUUUGCAGUUGAUUGGUGUGACAGUUUGACAGGACAGUGCUUGAAGUGCUUGGGAAAUACAGGCGGAUGGAAUUGUGGAGAAUGCCUUCCUGAGCAUUAUGGCAAUGCAGAGCUUCGUAACUGUCAACCAUGCAAUUGUAACCCACAUGGUUCCAUGAGUUCUCAAUGCGAUUUAUCUACUGGCCAGUGUGUCUGCAAGUUAGGUGUAACAGGAAGAACAUGCAAUCGCUGUGCAGAUGGCUUUGGUAACUUGGAAGCAGGUUGUGUGCCUUGUAAGUGCAACAUCAUAGGAAGUCAAUCAGAAGUUUGUGAUUCUGUGUCUGGCCAUUGCAAUUGUAAACCAGGUGUGUUUGGUACAACUUGCGAUUCUUGUCUGGAAGGGCAUUUUGGAUUUUCCAGGCAAGGCUGCCAAGAAUGCAGAUGUAAUCCCUUGGGUUCUGUUAGUCUUCAGUGUGAUGAAAAUAAUGGACAGUGUUUAUGUAAACCAAAAGUUACUGGAAGAAUGUGUGAUAGAUGUGAGGAUGGUUACUGGAAUUUACAGUCUGGUACUGGUUGUGAAGAAUGUUUCUGUAAUAGAACCGGUUCUCUAGCAACAAUUUGUGAUAAAAAUACUGGUCAGUGCAACUGUAAACCUGGAGUUGGAAGUCAAUUCUGUGAUCAAUGUUUACCUGGUUAUUUCAUGUUUUCAUCUCAAGGCUGCAGAAGGUGUGAUCCUUGUGAUAGACCAGGUCAUAUCUGUGAUCCUAACAAUGGCCGUUGUGUGUGCCCUCCCUACACCACUGGACAAAGAUGUCAAAAGUGUGUGCGUAAUGCUUGGGGAUACCAUCCCACCAAUGGUUGUAAGCCCUGUAAUUGCAACCUGCAAGGCUCUCCACAACAGAACUGUGAUUCGAAGACUGGUAACUGCAUAUGUCUUGAGGGUUUUGAAGGCAGGCAUUGUGAUCAAUGCAGACAUGGGUUUUAUGGAUUUCCUCAAUGUAAAAAGUGUGACUGCAAUUUUGAUGGUACAAUAGAAUCUCAUUGUCGGGAUAAUGUCUGUCAAUGUAAUAGCAGAGGAGAUUGCCCCUGUAAGGAAUUAGUCAGGGGACAAAAAUGCAAUCAGUGUGUUGAUGGAUCGUUUGGUUUAACUUCAGAAUCUACUAAAGGAUGCUAUGAAUGUUUUUGUUUUGGUAAAACACGUGUAUGUAACCAAGCAUCUAUGUAUUGGACAAAAAUUAUACUUCCACCUCGAGACAUCUUCAUGGAAAUAGGAGCCACAGAAAUUCCAUCCAUUCUUGGAUUUCAAACUUUCCCUGAAGAUUUGACAAUAAAAAGGAUGGGAAUACCAUACGUUUUAGAUAAACCUAUGUACUGGAGUUUACAAAGAGACCAAUUAGGAGAUAAGGUGUUAUCUUAUAAUGGGUAUUUAACUUUCAACGUUGAAAGUCGCAGCUCUUCCGAGUUUCCGGAAAAACUUCUUGAGCGAUAUCCAUUGUUGGUUCUACAAGGAAACCAGAGAAUUGUCCUUGUUCACCCUCACUCUAAAUCUGGUUUACGAAUGCCUUAUAAAGUCAAGUUUCAUGAGGAUGAAUGGAAAAAUUUUGAUAAUCCCCUGAUACCAGUGACCAAAGCUGUCUUAAUGGUUGCAUUGCAAAAUCUACAAUAUGUGCUUAUCAGAGGAACAAAUGGAGCUGAUGUAAAAUAUGCAAGAUUGUAUAAUGUAAGUCUUGAUAGUGCUGCUUCCGAUCAAUCCCAAUCUAGUGCUAAAGGGAUUGAGAUGUGUAGGUGUCCACGUCAGUAUGUGGGAACAUCUUGUCAGGAUCCUGCUCCUGGUUAUUACAGAAAACGAAAACCUAAUUACUUGAACAGCAAAGAUGUAUUGGAUCUGGUUGGAUGGGCAGAACCUUGUGAAUGCAAUAGCCACAGUAACUUGUGUGAUAAAGAAACUGGAAUUUGCAUUAAUUGUGGCGGAAACACUAUGGGAGACCACUGUGAACAAUGUAAAAAAGGAUUUUAUGGUGAUCCAAAGCGAGGGCCUUGUAGACCAUGUGCUUGUCCUCAUCCAUCUAACAGUUUCAGUGACACUUGUGUUCCAGAUGCCUUGGAUUAUGUGUGCAUUAAUUGUCAACAAGGCUACACUGGAAGGCAUUGUGAAAGGUGUGACGCUGGGUUCUAUGGUGAUUUGUCAAAAGAAAAUGGAAAGUGUUUGUCUUGCAAUUGCAAUCCAUAUGGAUCUGUGAGGAGGGAAUGUGACCCUAUUACUGGUCAAUGUCAAUGCAAUGAAGGUGUUGGCGGAAGGGAUUGUACUAUUUGUAGCCAUGGUUUUAUUUUGACUGAGUAUGGGUGUAAAUCAUGUGAAGAUGAAUGCACAGGGAUUCUUCUGAAGGAGCUGUAUGAAAUGCAGUUGAAAGUUGAUAAUACUAACUUUACAGAUCUACCAAGAUUACCAUGGGGUUAUCUAGACAAAAUGCUUAAGGAAGAGCAGAGAUUAAAGCCUUUGGUAGAUGAUUAUCAAAAGAAUAUUUCCAUGGGCAAGGACCUUGUUGAUAAAUUUACAUUUUAUCUUGACCUCGAAGCAAAAGCUGAUAUGCAAUUAGUAAAGGCAAAAGAAUACAUCAAUCGAGCUAAAUCUGUUUCAUCUGAUGCUAAAGAUACAUAUGAUGAGGCAGAAAAAUUACUUGCAGAAAUACAAAAAAUUUCACAGAGCUUGAGAGAUUUGGUGAAAGAUUUAAACAGUCAAAAUAAUGGUACUGGUCCAUCUGUAUCUCUUGAAAGAAUUCUAAAUGAAGCUGAAAGAAUUCUUCGAGAGAUUAAAGCUCGAGAUUUUGGUCCAGAUAAAGAAAAUGCUGAAAGAGAACUCAGGAAAGCCCAAAAUUUGUUAAAUAAUGUCAAGAAGCUCACACUGGAUAGAGACAGGGUUGAUGAUCUGAAAGACAGGAUGGAUAAACUGGACAGUUUGCUUGCAGACUUGAUAAGGAAAAUUGAUGAAAAAGUUAGGAAGCCUGUUGAAAGAACUCUUGAAACAUACCAGGCUGGACAAGCAAGAAAAAAUGAAGUUCAGGCUAUAGUUGCUGAAAUAUUUGGAUUCAUUGAUUCUUCAAAUAAAACAUUGAUGGAAGCAGAUGAGUUGCUUAUCCUUGCAAAUGGUGCUCUUAUAGAUGCUGCUGUUAAAUUUGAAUAUCUUCCAAGAUAUUUACGAGACCUGAGCAAUGCUACCAAUAGGUUGGAGGAACACAGAGGCAGAUUAUCUGAUUUAAAUCCAAAGUAUAAAGAGAAAUAUGUCAUUCCUGCUCAGAGGCAUGCAGAUGAGCUAGAGAGGCAAAGUGAACAUUUAGCAAGUUUAUUCUUGGCAACUAAGGAACUUUCAGAAUUUCCUUUGCAAGCUGCUAAAGCUUAUCAAAGUAUUAUUGAUGCAAUACUUGCAGCAGAACUAGCUGCCGAAGAAGCUGAAAAGGCUGCAGAGAAUGCAUAUAGACAAGCUUAUCCUCAAACUGAUGAUGCUUUAGUAGAUAAGGCAGAUAGAGCUAGAACUAAAAGUCUUGAAUUGCUCAAUGAAGCUCAGAAAUUGAAUGAUGAAAAAGUCCCAGAGCUGGAAGGUGAAUUGCGAGCACGUAAAAAAGCAUUAGAUGAUCUUUCUGAGGACUUAGCUUCUGGGAAGCGAAGCAAUGACAUUAUUAACAGAGAGCUGGAUGCAUUACCAACAGGUUUGAGACGGAGCUUAGAAGAUACUGCUGAUAAGGGAAGAGUAGCUGAUGAGAAAGCUAAAGGGGCAAAUAGUAAAGCAGGCAUUCUGUUGAAGAAAUUGGAUGAUGAUCUCAUACCAAAGUUUGAUUCUAUACGAGCUGGAACUGUAGGUGGCUUGGAAAACCUUACCAGAAUAAUUCAAAAGGCACGAGAAGAUACUGCUAAUGCAUCAAGAUUAGCUGAUAGAGCUGAUGAAUCAUCUAGACGUGUCAGAAAGCAACACGAACUGACCCAACUGAACUUAAAGGAGCUAAGAGAAAAAAUAUUAUUGGCCAGGCAGAAAGCUUCCAGUAUUCGUGUUGGAUUGACAGCCGACAGAAAUGGCCAAUGUGUUCGUUCUUUCAGUCCAAUAGUUGAACCAUCUACAACAAAUAAUAUCAUUAUAAACUAUGCAAUUAAAUCUGACGCAAGAGACAGCAUGUUAUUUUUUAUUGGCAGUGCAAAAGAGGAAGACUUUAUGGCCAUUGAGAUGGUAAACAGAAAAAUUCGAUUUUUGUGGAAUGUUGGAGGUGGAACACAAGUCAUCACUCAUGAAAAGGAAAUUGAAACAAAUAAUGAGCAGCUUUUGAAAAAUGAACAAUGGUUUAAAAUAGAAGCAAACAGAAUCGGAAAUAUAGGAACACUGAGUGUUAAGCGUACUCCUGAUGGUCAGAGACCUGAUCCAUUAGAAGUUUCAGGAGCAUCUCCUGUUGGAUAUACAAAAAUGGACUUGGAUUCUUCUUCGCAUUUUUUCAUUGGUGGAUUUCCGGAUAACUUCUUGCCUCCAAGUGAGUUGAAAACAUCAUCAUUUGCUGGCUGCUUAUAUGAAGCUCUUUUUGAUGGAAAACCAAUAGGACUUUGGAAUUUCAAGUCUAGUAUUGGUUGUGAUGGUUGCAAAGAAGGGGCUACUGAAGACAUUGACAUCAGUGCAUUUGAGUUUCAAGGAGGAAACAGUUACGCCAUUGUACCUCAAAUACCUUAUUAUAAGAAAAGUGACAUGUAUGCAGUUUUGAGUUUCAAAACUUUGAACGAAGACGCUUUGUUACUCCUUUCCUGUAAUUCUAGAAAUGGACAAUGGAUUUCCUUAGAGUUGAUUGGUGGUAAAGUAGUUUACCAAUUGAAACUUGAUGGAAGAACUCACAUUCGCAUUGAAACUAGGAAGAAAUACAAUACAGGCCAAUGGAUUCGUGUUGAAGCUGCAAGAGAAAAGUUUGAAGCUCAGAUAUUGGUUGAAGAUGAAUUUUUAGAAGAAACGUCUGCUAAAGGCUCUUCAUCUGCUCUUGAUCUGAAAGAAAGUUCUUUGUAUUAUGGUGGAGUGCCACCUAAUUUUACCGAGGAAAGUUGGCCUGGAAUAACUUUCAACAACUUCUUUGGAUGUAUGAAAGAUUUACAAAUUGACUCAACACCCAUUGAUUUAUUCCGUGGAAGCUUUUAUGGCAUGAAUGUAGGAUGUUCAAAUCGACCAAUGAAAGUUGCCACUUUCAAAGGUGCGGGCUAUCUAGAGCUGAAUGGACAAUCUUUUCUAUCUGAUUCAAGCAUAAGUUUUUCUUUCAUGACGAAUCAACAUGAUGGUCUGUUGCUCUUGUCUACAUUUGUUGGCCAAGAAAAUAGUAAUCAAGAACUAUUGCAAACAUACUAUUCAAUAGCUUUGGAGGAAGGCAGAAUUAUAGCUAAAUUUAGUAGCGGUGGAGGAGAAUUACUUUUAACCUCAAGUCGUAUUAUACGAAGCACAACUUUUCAUACUGUAAAUAUCAUCAGAAAAAAUAGGAGAUUAUUAUUGCGCCUUGAUGAUGAAGAGGAAGCUGAUAUUCGUUUGCCUAAGGGAGCGAAAGACAUUGUUAGUCCAACUAAAGGUGGUUUGUUUUUUGGUGGAGUAAAGCGAGGCAUAAACGUUGGGAGUAUGGCAGCACGUCAGCAACCUUUUGUUGGUAUCAUUCAGGAUGCAGUGUUUAAUGAUAAGUUAUUAAGGUUUGAAAACACUGUGAGUCAUAAAGGUGUUGACUUUGGAUUACCUGACAUCCAAGAUGUAAUGGAAGAAUCAUUUCAACAGAUGCCACCUUCAAUAGCCGAAGAAAGUUGCGCAUCUUCCAUACACAUUGAUGAGGAUGCUUUUAGCCUUCAAAGCCCCAAAUCGUUGGAAAUUCCCUUGAAUAAGAAGACUGUAGUAAAUAACUUCAACAUUUCAUUGAACUAUAGAACUUUUUAUCCUGAUGGUAACAUUAUAACUCUAUCCAAUGAGCAACGAAAAUUACACUUGUUUGUUCAUCUAACAAAAGGUCUGAUAUCUGUUAAUUAUUUAAGAAAACAAGAACAUAAAAUAGAAAAGAGCAUUAAAGAAUUGAGCAUUGGAAAAUGGCAUAAGGUGGAAGUUGUUAAACAAGGAAAGCACUUAACAAUAUUUUUGGAUAGAACAAAAAGUAUGGGUAUGAGUAUUUCCAAGCGCACACCAUUCAAAAAGAUUCUUUUAGGAGGACCAUCUUUUACUUCAGAUUCAUCUAAUGAAAUUCAAGAAAGCUUUAAAGGUUGCAUGCAAGCCUUUCACAUAAAUGGUAUACUGAGAAAAAUUCCUUCUCCUAGUCCUUGUUUCAAAUAUGUGGAGUUUGGUGCAUACUUUACAGGCAUUGGGCACAUUAUUCAAGAUCUUGCUUAUCACAUGGGCAAUAAAAUCAACCUGAGUUUCCAGUUCAGGGCAACCGAGUAUGACGGCAUUCUGUUCAGCAUAUUUUCACGCUUUACAGGAGUAUGGUUUGAAAUAUGUUUACAAAAAAAUAUGCUUGUUGCAACAACACACAACAACGAUACAGAGUUUCAGCUGUUCCGUGAAAUAAGAACUCAUGGAGAUUGUAGUUACACUUGGCACAGCGUGGAAAUGGCAUAUCACGACAGUACCUUUGUUCUUAAUGUGGAUGAUUAUAAGCCAGCGGAAAGAAAGCUAAAACACAUUCCAGAAGACUUCGGAUUUUCUGAAAUUUACAUCGGUGGAAAACCAGAAAAAUAUCAAAAAUCUGGAUGCACAAACAAUUUUUCAGGUUGUCUUCGGAACGUUAUCUUAAAUGGAGAAGGUAUACAGAUAAAAAACUCAGUUGCAAUAGAAGAAAAUACUGUACAAUUUAUGUGUCCGCAGAUGUAAAAAAUUUGUGAUAAUUUUAUUUAUAACUAUUUAUUAACAUUGUUUUUAUAUUUAUAUAUAUAUAUUGCUACUAUAUAUUUUUUACAUUUUAAAUAAAAUGA